AUGGCGGCGCUGGCGACGAACGGCAGCGGGGCGGCGAGGAGGGGGACGGCCUGGAGCGGCGGCGGGCAGCCGGGUGUGGCGUUCGGGAGGCAGAAGCAGUCGGAGUGGACGGGCGUGCGGCCCCGGAAGUCGGGCCGGUGGGCGGCGGAGAUCCGCGUGCCCACGACCCGCGAGAAGCUGUGGAUCGGCACGUUCGAGAGCGAUCGGCUGGCGGCGCUCGCCUACGACGCCGCCGUCUUCUGCUUCUACGGCGAGGACCUUCCCAAGACGCGCAGGUUCAACUUCCCCGUCGCGCCGCGCCCCGACGUCCCCAAGAUCCUGCGCGGCCAUCUCAACGUCGCCAGCGUGAAGGCGAUCGCCGAGCAUCACGCCCGCUCCGUCGACGCCGUCCUCCCGCCGCUGGUGCGCGACGCGGCCGCAGCUCUGGCGGCGGCGGCGACGGCGACGGAGGCUGGUCCUUCUGCAGGCACUACUACUUACCAUGACGCCCCGAUCGCCAUGGCUGAUAACAACCCCGUGGCAAGUGCUGUUGAUGACGGCCAAUUCUCCUUUGACGCCCACGUGAUCGCCGGUUUGAUGGACCUUGAGCCCGGCGAGUACUGA